CUCUCUAAUUUUUUCAAAUACCAUCUCUCUGCACCCCCGCACACAAAGCUUAGAGACUUUUCCUUCACCUCAUGUCAAUGUCAGCAGGCAGACCUCCUCAGCAACAGUGAAUCAAUGGCUGGUGAGCAGUCGAGUUCCAACGACUCCUCUUCCUUCCCAAGCGAAGCAGCCCGGGUGAGCCAGAUGGUGGCGACUGUGCUGAUCUUCUUCGUGGGUGUGACUCUGAACGGCCUGGUGGUUUGGGUGCUGGGAUUUCGUCGGGCCCGACACAGCGGUGCCGCAGGGGGCGAAACGCAGGGUGCUGGAAGUUUCCGAGUGUAUGUAGUGAAUUUAGCCCUGGCUGAUCUAGUGCUCCUGUUACGUACACCUCUUAUGCUGGGCUACCUGGCGCAUCACUUCAGCUGGCCCUUUGGUCAGACUUUGUGCCAGCUGGUCAUGUUCCUGCGCUGUCUGGGAUUGUAUGGAGGAGCCUUUCUGCUGAGCGCCGUAGCGUUGGAGAGGUGCCUGUGCUUGAUGCGGCCUGUCUGGGCUCGGCUAAGGCGCCCACGCUGGGUUGUGCCCAUAGUCUGCGCUGUGCUGUGGUUAAUAGCUGCUGCCCUGUCUGUGCCCUACUUCUCCGUGAGUGGUCUUUACCUCUGGCAGAACCGGACACAGUGUGUGGAGACUGCUGGCGAAGCUACAACCGGCCUUAUCGUGCUGGAGACUGCAGUAGGCUUCUGCCUUCCGUUUGUGCUUUUCGUAUCCUGCAAUCUGGUGGUUCUACUUGGUGCAAGAAGUGCUGAAAGAAGGGCAUCCACAACCUCCACGCCCGUUACCUCCCCCACCUCUCCGAGCGCACCUCUGUACCCAUCACAGAAGAUGACGCGCCUGUACCGGAUUCUCUUCUUCACCAUGCUCCUCUUCCUCACCUGUUGGGUGCCCUACUUCAUUUGUCGUUUUCUGAAGGCUCUGUCAUUCGGAAGGGUAGGUUGGGAAAAUCUUCAACACGGGGCGGUAAAGGGUGCAUACGCAGCGCUGUUCUUAGUUUACAUCAAAAGUGCCCUCAACCCAAUCCUGUACGCCUUCGCUGCUCGCGGGCUGCGCCGUACAGUCCGGGACUCGCUCUUCUCAACAAUUGAGCGAAUCUUUAAUGAGGAUCUGUCAGAGUCUCUGCGCAGGAAGUCCUUGCGACGAAGAGACUCACAGUUCUAAGAAAGUGCUGGAAGUGGACAGCACAGAAUGUUCCGCUUGCUCUCUUGCGAAUGCUUGGUUCAAAUCGAGGGAAGGGUCACUUGCUUCUGGACAGCAAGUGCGUCCAAAGACACAGCACAUGGACAGCAAUCAAGUUACUGUACUAAGUAAUACAGACAUUGAGCAGGGAAAGACCACAUGGUCAAGUCCUGAUAGUGUCACUUUGCAUUUCUGUCAUUCUUUGAAAUUGAUUUUCUUUCACCAAAGAGUAAAUUAUUCAUCACUGGUGAAGAAGGGUGUGCAAACUUCUGAACAGUCAAAGCCACCUUGCAUAUCUAUUCAGGGGGAAGCAUGUAUCUACUACCAUACAUAUUAUACUAUAACUAUACAUCAACCAGAUUAAUAGUGAACAUGCUUGUGUAAAUACCUAAAAACUUCAAACUGUGUGUAAAAUCAUAUGUAUGAAGUGCAACGUCUGAACUAUAUGACUGCAGAGGAGAGAAAACAUACCUAAGUUUUCUUUCAUUUGUAGACAUGCUGCAUUAUUUUCCACCACUGUAAUUUCAUAUGUAAGUGAAGUCUGAAGCAGUAAAUGAAAUCUAAACAGCCCAAAGGGAUGGUAGGCAUACUUUGUUAGUAAAGGCAUUAAAUGUUUGGCAACCUAAAAGCUGUUUCAGUAUUUAGGUGUCAAAUUAUUGUUAAAAGUUGAAAUGGAUACAAUAAAGUUACAAGAGGACAACUGUAAAAUACUGUGUCAACUGUAUUCUCGAAGCUGUGGGCUGAAGCAGACCUGACCAAGGCUGUGCGUAAAACAUGUUAUGAAUGUUAUGCCACAGCAACGUUUCCUUCUAACAGGUAGAGAAAUUAACAGACCAAAAAAAGUCACUCAUUUGCCUCAGCAAAAGCUGAGUAUGAUUCCAUCUCAGUGAAUCAAUGGAUCCAGGUUGUUCAUCAGCUUGUGAAUUGAUGCUAUUCAAACUGUCACAGUAAUUUAAGGAUUAGAUGCACAAUUUAUGGAAGAAAAACACAUUUGCACAUUUAAAAUCUGAUUUACAUGCAAUCAUCAGGCUCUGUGCAGGCUGAGUUCAAGGUUUUGUUUCAAAUGGUAGGUAGAAAUAAAAACAGCAGAAAAAGACAAGUUAAAACGGGAUUACAGUAAUAUUCUGAAUAGUGUAAUACUGAUAUUUUAUGCUUGGUCAGACCUAUGUAUUUGCAUGCCUUAUAAUUAUGAAAUAAAAACAAUGAUUUUGUUUAAA